AAUGUGGCUUUUAAAGGAAAAAGGAAGUCAGCCAUCAAAACAACAACAGAUAGCUCGAAAGCAAAAAGGCGAAGUUUAAUUUUUUUCUUCUGGUUUGGGACAAAUUAACAGGUACGCUGGAAUUUUCUGAUACCCACUCGGACAUGUCCUAUGUCUUCAUCAACGACUCGUCGCAGACCAACGUGCCUCUGCUACAGGCCUGCAUCGACGGGGACCUGCCCUUCGCCAAGAGGCUCCUCGAGACCGGAUGCGACCCCAACAUCCGCGACAACCGGGGCCGCACCGGCCUGCACCUAGCCGCCGCCCGAGGGAACGUGGACAUAUGCCGCCUCCUGCACAAGUUCGGGGCCGAUCUGUUGGCGACCGAUUAUCAAGGAAACACAGCGCUGCAUCUGUGUGGCCACGUGGAUACUAUACAGUUCCUGGUUUCCAACGGGCUCAAGAUUGACAUCUGUAACCACAAUGGAUCGACCCCUCUGGUGCUGGCGAAGAGACGCGGGGUCAACAAAGACGCCAUCCGUCUGCUGGAAGGACUGGAGGAGCAGGAAGUGAAAGGCUUCAACAGGGGACCCCACUCCAAACUGGAAACGAUGCAGAUGGCUGAUAGUGAGAGCGCCAUGGAGAGUCACUCUUUACUCAACCCGAACCUCCAGAGCAGCGAGGGGGUCCUGUCCAGCUUCAGGACCACUUGGCAGGAGUUUGUGGAGGAUCUGGGCUUCUGGAGAGUGCUGCUGCUGCUCGUGGUCAUCGCCCUCCUCUCCCUGGGGAUCGCGUACUACGUCAGCGGCGUCUUGCCUUUCUCCACCAGCCAGCUGGAGCUGGUGCACUGAGGGGGAGAGCAGAGAGGACGGUGUUAAAGAAGAAGAAGCAUGGGGUAGUGAAAUAACCAAGUGAAGUUCCGCUUUCAGUGCUUAUACCAGAACACAAACCCAGAUUUCUGUUUUAUUUGCAGGCCAGAUCUCGUCUUGAUUGUCUAGACAGGGAGACAUCGUAUUGUUGUUAGAAAAAUGAUCUAAUUAUUUCUAAAAAAGAAGUUAACCAAAAGAAGAAAACUGACACUAGACACUAGAAAAAAAUCUACUGCAAAGCUUGAGGGGAUUACCAAGUCUUCUGUAGCUCAUACUAAGGAAUCAUUGGUCUUGUUUGAAUAUUGUGUAACAUAUCCCCUUUAAAAUGAGAUCUCAGUUAAAGCUGACUCAUUGGAGUGAGGAAAAUACGACCAUCUUGUUUUCUUAACACAACGACAUUUCCUUUUAAUCUCUGUCAUACUGUUUGUUCUGUUACGAGCUGUAUAUUGCCAAUGUUUUUGUAUCUUCUAUUUUUCUUAUUUGUCAGAUUUUUUCAUUUGUGUUAUUUAUCAAAUAUCCUCUGUGUUCAUUAUCCUGCGUAUACUGUGUGUUUUUGUUCAAACUCCUCUACCCCGCGUCUAACAUUUCAUCGAUCUCUUGUUCCCAUUGGAGUUUGCGUUGUACUUCGACUGCGUGCCCUUCUGAGAUAAAGCUCCGUGUUCGACAGCUCUUUAAGACAUUCCCGCCAGCAGCAUGAGGCUUUGUUGCAUUGAAAAACGCUACAGUGUAAACAUUACAGAGAGGCACAACGCUCCUAAACUGUAGGAUUAUUAUCCAUUUAAUGAUUAUUGUUUCAUUGUACAUUAAUUUUAUCUUCAUGUCCCUGUAAACCAUGUAGAUUUUAUUUGUUGUUGUUUUUUUCCACUUGAUUUUCAGUGUACAAUAACACAUUCGCAGUACAUCCUAAUUUUAAGGUGGAUAAAUGAAUAAAAUCAUGUGUAUGUAUGAUUCUAAU